UUUUUUCUUUUUCGGAUGCAAAAAGUGGUCAAUCACGAAUACAAUGAUGAUGAUAAUGAUGGUAAUGGUAAUGGUAAUGAAUCAAUUAAAGAAAAUGUUAUGGAUGAAUCAUCACAAUCAUUUUAUCAAACACCGGAUUUAAAAUUGGCCAAAACAAUGUCAAAUGUUGUUUAUGAAUUACGCCAAACACCAUUACGCCGAUUACAUCAAAAUGGUAAUCUACCAUAUCGGGAAACACGGUCAAAUGUUGGUGAAUUUAAUAAACGAAAAAGUUAUUCACAUCGAAAAUCAAUGAAAACUAUUCGAUUUGAUAAAGAAUUCGAAACACAAACAUUUGAUUUUUCACAAAUGUCUGAAGUAUUGGAUGGCGUAACAAAUGAUAAUGGUGAUUGUCAAUUGUCAAAUCAAGAAAAGAUUACAACAGAUACUGUUGAUGAUAAACAAAAUAACGAUGAAACAAUAGCUGACAAACCAGAUACCAAUGGUGCUAUUAAUGAAGAUUUGUUGUCCGAAAAUGAAGAUUUAUUAUCCGAAAAUGAAGAACCAGAAGAUAAUUUCCAUGAAAUAUCUACUGAUGAUUUGGAACAGCCAAAAUCUUCGAUCGUUGAUAAUGUUAAUGAACGAUCUGAGAUUGAUUUAAAUCCUGAUCAAUCAUUCAAACGACAAUCAUAUUUGGUUACAAGUCCGGUUGUUCGUAUUGUAAUUGCUGAUAAUGAAAAAGAAUGUUUACCCGAAAAUAUAGAAUCGACUGAUAUAAUGAAAACACCAUCACCAAUGAAUGAAGCUGAACAAAGAAAAUUAAAGAUUAAAAAUCGUAAACCAACACCAAUGUUUGGUAUUUUACGUAAUAAGAAAAAUACCGAAACUACAACGAAAAAAAUGGUAACAAUAGACAAUGAUCGUUCACAAAAAUAUUGGAAAAGAUUUUCACGUACAUUGAAUCAAGAUGAUGAUGCGAAUGAUAAAACAGCUAUUGAUGAACAAUCUGAUGAAAAUGAAAAACCAAAAAAUGUUGCUGCUGUUGUUGAUGGUAAAGAAAAUCGUAAACAAGGUACAAUCGAAGAUUCGAAGAAAGAUGUUACUCCACAACCAAAAAAAUCAUUGACCACUAAUAAUAUUUCACGUAAAUCGUUAUCAAUGGCUACAAUAAAUCGAUUAUCAACAUUACCACAACGUAUUCUUAGUGAACGUAAAUCACAACGUUAUAUGUCGAUGGCCGAACAAACACAACGUUUUUUACAUUCAGCCAGACAAUAUCAACCAAAAGGUGUUUGGCAACGAAAUAAAUUAACCAAACCACGACCACCACGUUUGUUAACUGCAAUUCGUUCUGAAUGUCGUCGUAAAAUUGAAGCUGAAUCAAAUCGUAUUGCAACAUUAACAUCAUCAUCAUCGAUUGAAACAACUGAUUCGGAAGCAACAAUUAAAUCAGCCAAGCCAAUUCCACCGAAAAUUCCAUCCAUCCAACAACAAUUAAAAAAACCAAUUAAACGUCAAUUGACUAAAGCUCGUACACCAAUUUUUUGUACUGAUUAUCGUUCAAAAAUCUAUCAACUAAAACAUCGUAAUGAUCAACAGGAUGGUAAUCAACCUGCAGGACAAUUUCGUGCACGUCCAAUGCCGGAUUUUAAAAAAAUUCAAGCUCGUGCUGCUGCUGCUGUUGCUGCUCAAGCCAUUAAUAAAAACAAGAAUAACAAAGUGUAAUACUGAUUUUUCUCGUAUCCAUCAAUCAAAUUGGAUUUUUUCUGGACUUUUUAUAAAUUUCUCUAUUUCGUCGUUUAAUUAUCACUUUUCGGGACUUUUUAUCUUCCACAAUGGACAUUUCUUA